AUGGAUCGCUGGGCAGGACGCGUUGCCUUGGUAACAGGAGCAUCGAAAGGGAUAGGAGCAGCCAUUGCACGUGCUCUGGUUAAGAAUGGUAUGGUGGUGGUUGGAUGUGCCAGACACGUGGAAGAUAUGCAAAUUGCAAAGGACAAUCUUGCAAGCGAAAAGGGCCGUUUAAUACCAAUGAAAUGCGACCUUUCCAAAACAGAAGAGAUAGAGUCCAUGUUUCAAGAAAUCAAGGAACAGUUGGGCGGUGUGGACGUAUGCGUUAACAACGCUGGGAUCUCCUUUUUCCAAGACUGCAAAUCAGGGUCUGUGACUGAUACCAAGGCGUUGUAUGACGUGAAUUUUUUCGCCGCCAUGACCGUUUCCCAGCUGACCAUCAGGUCUUUACAGGAAAGGAACAUGGAUGACGGACACAUCAUCAACAUUGGCAGUGCAUGUGGUAUGGUGAUUCAUACUGACUACCCGUGUCAUACAUACAGCACUGCAAAGUUUGCCCUGGGGGCCUUCACCGAGAGUCUGAGACACGAGCUGAGAAAGGAGAAGACGAAAAUUAGGACGACGGUAUUUGUGAGAAAGAGAGAUAGAGAGAGAACAAAUGUAUGA